CCUCCUCCUCUGUCUCCUGCAGCACACACAGGCUGUGUCAUCACUGGUCAGCGCGGGUUCACUCUCUGGAGACAUCAGCGUGCCACCAUCCGGAGAGCGCGCGCUCCAACGGCAGCCACGGAUCCCCGGAGGACCGGAGAGGAAGAGGAGGAAGAGGAUGAUGAUGGUGGUGGUGGAGGUGGUGGUGAGGAGCGCGUGACGCCGUCGUGUUUCUGAGACUUUUGGAUUUACUCUGAUGGAUGUCACGGAUGAUUGUCGUGGGUCUUCCUGAGGGACACACACGGAGACAUGGGGGACCGGCACCGGCGGAGACUCGGCAGCCUCACCAAGUCCCGGGUCUCCAAGGAGACGAAGCUCCGGCUGCGCGUGGUCUUCCUGGAUGACAGCGAGCGCACGUUCGAGGUGGAGCAAAAGGUUUUAGGCGGCGACUUCUUCAACAAAGUGUGUGGUCAUCUGAAGCUGCUGGAGAAGGAGUACUUUGGGCUGGAGUUCAGACACCACGGUGGCAACUACGUGUGGUUGGAGCUGCUGAAGCCGCUCGCCAAACAGAUUAAAUACACCAACGAUCUGUUCUUCAGGUUUAUAGUGAAGUUCUUUCCACCAGAUCCUGGACAACUAAAGAGAGGCCUCACCAGAUAUCUGUUUGCCUUACAGAUAAAGCAGGACUUGUCUAAUGGCAGUCUGACAUGUAACGACAACAGCGCCGCCCUGCUGGUCUCUCACAUACUGCAGUCAGAGCUAGGGGACUAUGACGAGGAGCUGGACGGUCACCAUUUAGAGAUGAAGCAGUACGUCCCCAACCAGGAAUAUCUAGACCACAAGAUCAUCAAGUUUCACAAGAGGCACAGGGGUGUUUCCCCAGGAGACUCCGACAUCCACCUGCUGGAGGUGGCGAGGAAGCUGGACAUGUACGGCAUCAGGCCUCACCCCGCCCAUGACGGAGAGGGAAUGAGGAUCAACCUGGCUGUCACACACUCUGGAGUACUGGUCUUUCAGGGCAACACCAAAAUCAACACGUUCAGCUGGGCGAAGAUCCGCAAGCUGAGCUUCAAGCGCAAACAUUUCCUCAUAAAGCUACACGACAAAGUUGGGCCUUCAUGUAAGGACACACUGGAGUUCUCCAUGGCCAGUCGAGAUGUGUGUAAAUCCUUCUGGAAGACGUGUGUGGAGUACCACGCCUUCUUCAGACUGGCCGAGGAACCGAAGACAAUACACAAAACGCUGCUGUCCUGUAAAGGCUCCAGCUUUAGAUACAGUGGACGUACACAGAAGCAGCUGCUGGAGUGUAUGGGAUCAGGGGAGAAGAAGCCUUCACACUUUGAGAGGACUUACUGUCAGUCAGACUAUGAUCCCCGACAGUGUCGCUCCUCUCCUGAUCUCCUCACGGACGUCUCCAAACAGAUGUACGAGCACUCCCGUCCGUUCACCCAGUCGGGUCAUGCUAUGGCGGUCUGCAGUCAGGACGAGUUGGACCCACAUCACCGAGGCAUAGACAUCGAAAUAGUUGGAGGAGGUGCUAAACGCAGCCAAUCAUCCGUCGAGGUCACCCAGAGGACUCGCCCUCUCUCCCAAGUCACCCCCGUCUCUCCCUCAUCUCUACACCAGUCAACCCCAUCACCCAAAAUCAGAUCUGCCUCCACAUCUGUGAUGGAUGACAUGAGGGGGGGACGGAUUGGGGCGCAGCGCCAAGCCCAAAGGCUAGCCGGUGUCUAUGGCAACCGGUCACGCCGUCGGCCCAACCCCCAGCCACACCCGGAUGCCGCUCAGCAGCUGGUUCUUCUCUACCCAAACAGUCCUGCCUACCAGUAUCACCCCAUCCUCCCAACGUUCCCAUUAGCCGGUCCCUCGCCUCUCAACCGACACCCCUACUUGUCGGACUACGUUGCCGUUUCCUCACUGGAGCGUUUUCCGCAUGCAAGGAGACGGGAUUAUGUGACGAUGGAUGGCCUGUCGCGGCCACCUUUCUAUCCGUUAGGUCAUGAUUCACCUUCCCUCUCGCCAAUCAGGAGGAACCUCCGCCCCUCUGGCUCAGGUGGGCUGGGAUUGGCACGGGUGUAUCAACCAGGGAGCAAUGGAGCGAGGCACUUGGGUGUUGGACACACAGAGGCGGGGCAUUACAGCGAUGACUCCAACUUCCUCCCAGGGCUGCCUCGCCGGGUGGCUAGCCAACCAGAUGUCAAGUUUCACCUCUCAAGGAGUUCUAACCCCGCCUUUAACCCUGCCUCUGAGUUCCGUCCCCUUGGUUACUACCCCCACCUGACUCGCCCCUCCCGACCCACCUACCUCCCACUAAGCUCCUCCCCUCUGCCUGAUCGACCGACCUCGCUGUGCAUGAUCGGAGGCACCACAGGAAGCUACAGUGACUCAGACCCAGAGGUUUUCUAUCCGUAUUACUGCCCACCACCCCCGCUGGGGAAAGUGGUACGAUCGGCUGGACUUGCCAGGAUGAGGUUCUCCUCGGGGAGCCUCCAGCUGGACGAGGAGGAGGAAGGGGAGGAGGAAGAGGAGGAGGAGGCAGGAGCAGUGAAGGAGAAAGCAAAAAGGGAGUUAAAAGGGGAAGAAGAGAAGACAGAGAAGACAAAAGGAGGUGACGAGACUAAAGGUGCUGCAAAGAUCACUGAAGUCACACUGUAGAUAAAGACGACUACAAAGGUUCAUGAUGUGAUCACUCAAAAUUGGCAGGAUGGUUUUCGAAGAAAAAAAAAUCCACCACAGACUGUAAAAUAAAUAAUUUUAAUAAAUGUGAUGGGUUCAUAUGUACAAGGUGUACAGUUUUUGAUGUGCACUGUCAGAUGACGUACUGUUUAUGCCUUGUUUUUGCAAAAACCUCAGCUUCUGAAAACGAACACCGGCUGCUCUUUAGUCAUCACUUUUCUGGGUACAAGUUAGCAUAUUUUGAGGAUUGAAAUAUGUACCCUUCCUAGCUGACCAUCGAAGGUCAAUGACACUGUAUAGUGACUGAAUUGGUUGACAGUUUAUUACAAUUUUCAACUGGCCAUCAGUUUGAUUGGUUAUUGUACUAGAGCUGGGCUUUGUGUCUGUAUGAUGUGUAAGAUGACAUUAUGAAAACUGAGUCACCACAAGGUGAACAAACAGGUUACUUUCAGUCCAAAAGUUAUAGUCUGCUACAUUAGAUGUCUUGACUCAUGAUGACAGUCUCAAAUUGCGAUGUGUUGCUUAGGUGACUAGCUAACUCACAGUGCACAGUGCAUUUCGCUAACUUGAGCUAGCCAACUGUGUUCACAGUGAAUUUAGUCUCAUUUUCAUAUCUGACCAUCAGUUUGAUCAGUAAUUGUAAAAAUGCUGGGCAAAAUCUUUGUUUCUAUGGUGUGUAAAAUGUCAACAUCAUGAAAACUGAGUUACCACAAGGUGCAGAAAAAGGUUGCUUUUAGUCAAAAAGUUAUACUCCACUGUAGGCUAUUAUCUUUCUUGACCCAUGAAGGAAGUCUCAUCAAUUGCCGUGUGAAACCUGUUGCAACUACAGGGGGCUAGCUAACUCUGACACAGUGAAUUUAGCUAACGUAAGCUAGCUAACUCUGACACAGUGAAUUUAGUCUUAUUUUUGUAUCUGGCCAGUUCCAGUGGGUUGUGUUCUAGCCCUGGGCAAAAUUUUUGUUUCAUAUGUUGUAUUUGUUCUAGAACGGGAUCAUAGAACUAUGAUGUGUGAAAUGUCAACAUCAUGAAAACUGAGUUACCACAAGGUGCACAAAAACCAAUGGGAUAUGGUUUCCUUUAAUCAAAAAGUUGGAGUCCACUUUAGGCUAUUAGCUUUCUUGACUUAUGAUGGAAGUCCCAUAAACUGCAAUGUGAAGCCUGCUGCAGCUACAGGUGGCUAGCUAACUCUGACACAGUGAGUUUAGCUUACUUGGGCUAGUUAGCUCUGUUCAUGGUGAAUCAAAGAUCAUUUAUGAAACAGAAAUACUAGAAAACAUUCUUCACACUGGUGAUUGUUGAUGAGGCACUGUAGCCCGUUUCCACCAAACACUUUAGGCAAGUACAUUUGGAUCCAAAAGUUACCUUUCAAAUAUGGUACCUAGACCACAGGUCACCUUCCUCAAACAGUACUCACUGCUCCGUCCAGCACUCACUGUAUUUCCUCCUUUAUCACUCUGCAUCUGGUUUAUCGUCCACAGAACGAGGCUGCACGGUAAAAUUUUCAGAACAAAACAGAACAGGCUGCAGUGAGCGUCUCUCUCCGUGGGAUAUUUAAAAAAUAUGGUGUUUGUGCAUUUAGUCUUUCUCAGGUAAGCGCAGGGGCUUAGUGUUGCCGGAGCCCACAGAUUCUCUGAUUAGAAUAUAUGCUGUUCACAUAGUCCGAUCCAAAUUAAUAUAUAUUUUUAAAGCCUUGAAGAUUCACUCAUUAUUAAAGGGGUCUAUCAUCCAUGAAACAAUAAAAACUAAAGCAAUAAAGUUGUCAUAUCGGAAUUUAAGAUGUGCUGAUGGAUUCAUGUCGUCAACUCAUACAUUGAGUUCCACCUUAAAAGUUGCCGGGUUUUCCAACUUUUGGCACAACAUUUCUUGCUAGUGAGUGUUGCAGUAACAACUCAGAAAUAAGUUAGCAUUUUAGCACUCCCAGUUCCCUUGUUUUCAGGUCAAGGGGUUUUUUAAUGGUUGCUUGGUUAGAUGCCUGAAAUAAGAUCUGUGGUUAACACAAGCUAAAGGGACUUUACUGUUUUGUUCUAUGACAUAAAACACAUCAGUACCACUCCUGAAUUUCAAAGCUUCUGGGCGUCUAUAAAAAGGCAGCUAAAUGAGUCUACAAAACAUUGCGUUCAUUUGCCUCGAUUAUCUUGCAACUUUGCAAAAAAUAAGUCGGAUGCCACAGGAACGAAACUUUUCAAGACUUUAAUAUGACGUCUUGUCGGUGUCAUGCAUAAAACGUUGGGUAACUUUCUGAAUGCUGUAGCAGGGUAUCUUAUUUUAUAUGAAUGGUUCUUGUGAAUUCUGUAGAAAAAU